AUGGAGGUCAGCACCAAGGUCAGCGCCAAGCUGGGGAACGGACCGCUGCCCAGGGAGAGCCCUUCUUCUCCAGAUUCGCCGGUGCCAGCACACACCACUCAGCUGCAGGACUGCAAAGAGUGUUCUGGGCCGUCAGCCAACCAGCAGUCAAGGGAGAUGCGGUCUGUGCUGCGAGACAUGUGGGACGUCCCUACAGCCAAGAGGGGCUUCGCCCAUGACGACUCCAGCAGGGUCUUCCCGGAUUCCCGUCGUUUUCACAGCCGGCUGCUUCUCGGCGUGCAUGUUGGCCAGAGCGCACCUUCUUCACGUGCCUUCGGGCCUGCGUGCGGCAGAGCAAGCGCGUCUUCUUCCUCCAAAGGCAGGAGCCCAAGAGGACGCACCUCAGGGCGCUGCUCCCGCCUCCGCGUGUUUGCCUGCACUCCACUGGCCAAAGCCAGGCAGGUGCCCAAGCCAGUAAGCACAGGGCCCUCUCCUGCGAGGCCACGUGGGGCUCCUCAGAGGCAGGACGUCGAGGCAGGACCACGUGGGAUAGCAGCGACCCAGGGAGAGGAGGGGGUGCCUGCCCCCGGAGCCCCCCACUGCCAGUCAAAGACGCCAGACGUGGGGGGGGUCACCGCCGGCCAGCACAGUGACCACUGGACCCAGCGCUUCUCAGUGAGGCCGUGGAAGCUGCCGGGGCAGGAGGGGCCCCAAGGAAAGCUCCUGCAGGGACAGCCCGGGUCAGGCUCUGCCCUGGCUGAGAGCGAGGGGGCCCCCAGCCCCUGCGCCCCUCAACCAUCCUAG